AUGCUGGAACACAGAGCUCCUCUGCCUCAGGAGGCUUCUCGUCCCCACGAGGCCGGUGGGAAGGGCGGCAGCCCCGCAGCGGGACCCCGGGACAGGCCGGACAGCCCUGCUCCUCGGCGCAGAAAGCCCCCGGGCCGCCGUCCCCGCCCGGUACUCACAGUCCAGGUGCUUCUUCUUGGGGCCCAUGACCUCGUGGGUCGUGGCCUUGCACACGGUCUUGGAGACGGCCGAACCGGUCACACUGUGCUGCGCCGCCGUGAUGCGGUCGGUGAGGCUUUGGCCGGACAUGGCGGGUUCGCUGGCGGCGCUGGAACCGAGCGCGGCUCCGCUCCCUCCUCAGGGGCCGGGACGGGAGGAGUCGCCGGAGGGAUGGAGCUGCGCGGGCUCCUCACCCCGCCGUGCCGCAGGCGGCCCCCGCUCCGCCCUCAGGGACGGACCUGUCACCCGAGCAGGGACCCCUCCUCCUCCUCCUCCUCCUCCUCCCGCCCCCCUCCCCCGGCCGCCGUCCCCUCCCCCUGCGCGCCCGCCCGGCCGGGGACAGGGACACGCACUGGGCGCCGCAGGAAAAUGGCGGCGACCGAGCUCCUCCUCGGGCCUUGCCGGGCCUCUCCCGCCUCACGUGACCGCCCGGCGCCCCGCCCCGUGACACGCACCGCCCCCCCAGCGCUGAGGGGCUCGGGGGGCGGGAUCCCCUCCCAGGGCGGGAUCCCUCCGUCUGGCGUCCCUCCCAAUGGCAUCGCCUCCCCCUGGCAUCCCCUUCCCUGGGGCACGCUCCCCUGGGGAGGGUCGAUGGGCCCCUUUUUGGAUUCAGCGCAGGAAGUCCUUUAGCAAUGGAAUUUCUUGAAUGUCAUCAAAAGAAGUCAAACGCAGAUGUGGACUGUGCCUGCUCGGUAUGUCAGAAGUGGAACCAGCUUUCUGUAGUUUCCCAUGCUGCAGUGAGAGAAGGAUUAAAAACUAAGGUAUUUGAACACCAUGAAAUUA